AGCUGCUGCACCGGCUCCAACAUCUCUUCAACUAUGACUCUAUCACUCGGCAUCCAAGCUGCGUUCGCAGUUUUCGUCGCCCUCGCCUACUAUGGACUACAUUGGCGAAAUUGCGUCGUCGUCUGCCACCUGGGCCUCGUCCAUUUCCUAUCCUGGGAAAUAUUCCGCAGAUGACUCUCGAGUUCCCGGAGAAGAGAUUUGCGCAAUGGGGGAAGGAGUAUGGGGACAUGAUUUUCUUGAAGAUGUUCAACACGCCUGUCUUGGUUAUCAAUUCUGCGCACGCUGCACGAGAUCUGCUGGACAAACGGAGCGUAAUAUACUCGGAUAGGCCGUAUUCAGUCAUGAUGACAGACUUGUUGGGAUGGGAGCACGAUUUCGGAUUACUACCAUACAAUGAGGAGUUUCGCAAGCAUCGACGAUGGAUGCAUAUGCCUUUCUUUUCCAGGUCUUGCCUCGCCGCGUUUGCCGACAUGCAGACGCGCGAGGUGAUUGCUUUACUAAUGGGAUUUCUGAACGAUCCGGAGGGCUUUGGGGCCCAUUUCAAACGGUACUCUGCCUCCUUUAUGUUCCGAUAUCUUUACGGGCACACAGUAAUAUCUCCUGACGACGAGAAUCUGCACGUCAUCGAGAAGGCAGUAGAGGGGACGAUGAACUGCUCGGCUCCUGGAACAGUCCCUGUGGACUUCAUCCCGUCUCUGAGAUAUCUCCCGACCUGGUUACCGGGUGUAGGCUUCAAGCAAAAAGCCGUGUGGGUCAGGACAGCCGUGAGGGAUGCCGCGCAACGGACCUACAACUUGGCAGAGAGCAAGCUGACCAAAGACAACAUUGAAACCCCCGUGAUAUCGUCAUUGAUCAAGGAAUUCACAUCUAAGGGAACUCUGGAGACGGAAAAGCCAGAGAUCAUGAUGUUUGGACUCACGUUGUACGCAGCCGGCACAGAUACGACGCAUACCGUGCUCAUGGCCUUCCUGCUUGCUAUGAUCAUGUAUCCGGAUGUCUGCGUGAAGGCGCAAGAAGAGAUGGCCAGUGUGGUCGGUAGCGCAAGGCUUCCGACUGUCAACGAUAGGGAUGCACUACCGUACCUUGAAUGCAUCCUCAAGGAGACGUACCGGUUCUCCUGCCCUGCACCAUUAGGUGUGCCUCAUGCAUUGCGCGAGGACGACGAGUAUCGUGGGUGCUGGAUACCGAAGGGGACAAUGAUCAUUCCAAACCUAUGGUUUAUGCUGCAUGAUGCCGACGCCUAUCCCGACCCGGAGGCGUUCUGUCCAGACCGUUUCAAUGGGCUAUAUGAGAAUCAAGAAGAUCCACGAAACAUCGUCUUCGGUUUUGGUCGGCGUAUAUGCCCUGGUCGCCGUUUCGCAGAAAUCGGAAUUUGGCAGGCGAUGGCCAACAUCGUAGCAACAUUCGAUCUCGGCAAGGCUCGUGAUGCAAUGGGCAAUGAGAUCACGCCGUCGGGGACCUUCUCAUCCGGUCUCAUUAAUCACCCUCAUCAGUUUGAAUGCACCAUCAGGCCACGAUCUCAGCAAGCCAUCGAACUCAUAACCGAUGCAAACAUGAAGUGGUAGGGUCGAGACAGCAUUAACCACGAGUAAGGAUGUUGUGUUACGAUGUUUCAGCAUAUCCGCAACGGUCCGUGCAAUGGGACAUAAUGGCAUUUACUUUGAGACGGAUAUAUUUCAAGAAAAGACGGGACAUUCUACCUGCGCACAAGAUCACAGAAGAGGG